UGUUUGAAACGAUGAAUGGAGCGAGGCUGAGGACAAACCUGGCGAACUUACUUAUUCGGUUUCAGGUGUUCACGCAAGACGACUACUCGGCAGUUAAUCCGAGCUCCUGAACACAAUAUAGUCACAGCAUGGAAGUUGAGGAGCUCUACUCAGACAUCCAAGGUGAAUUCCAGCCUGCUCCUUUGGGUGCGGGUGACAUGGAGGCUGUGGAGGCUCUGAUGUCCAUGACUAAGCACUUGAAGACCCACAGCUUCAGGUUCAGACACUCCAGACCUUUGACUCCAUCCUCAGACUGCUCAGAGGAUGAAUCUGCACCCCUUGUGUCUGCUGUGUUACAGGAGUCUCCUUUGUGUAUGACACCGCCAUACAGUCCACCCCCAGUAGCACCCUUACGUCAACCUGGAGGAGCUGGAAGUCCAAGCUCGCAGCCAACAGAAGAGACAUAUCUGCACACACACAGUGCUGCUUCCCAGCAGUUCUUCCAGUGCACCAGUGUAAUCCGCCACACUUCAGAUGGCCAGCGGUGCUCCUGUAACAGGGAGGACACAUUCACUCGAGUUCAUACAAAAGACUCUAAAACAGAUUUGAGGUCUGAAGAUGGGCUGAAUGGUAGAGAUUGUGAAGGGAAUAUUGGAAUACAGCCUGACUCUAAUGCAGCCACACCACAGAAACCUUUCACUGUGACUUUGCCAAAUGUGGUUGAAGCCAGCCAGACCCAGAUGAGCCCGGAUGAUAGAUCGAACACACCCCAGGCUGUCUCCUCUGUCCCGGCUGGUGGCCCCAGGGUCCCUCCUGUGCCUGUCCUCUGCCAGAUUCUUCCCAUCUCUUCUGCUUUCACCACUGUUGUGCAAAAACCAGUCACAGCCCCUGAGAGCCAGAAGCAACACCUGCUACCUAUCCCAUCAGGGCUUACCACUGUGCACACACAGCUACAACAGCAGCACAAGCAACAACAGGCACUACAGCAACCACAAACCCAAGCAGCUUCUCCUGCCCAGGUCGUCCUCUUCGGGGGUCAGGUGGCAAAAGGCCCCGUGAUGCUCCUUGUCCCUCAGUCAGCUGUACCCACGCUCUACAUCCAGCCAGCACUUGUGACCCCUGGUGGCACCAAGUUACCAGCCAUCGCCCCCGCGCCUGGCCAUGUCUUGUUGCAGCAAAGACAAAAGCCACCGCAGCCAGAAGUGUCCCGCAUACGCAGUCAUGUUUGCCCCCAUGAGGACUGCAGCAAAACCUACUUCAAGAGCUCCCACCUCAAAGCCCACAUGAGGACACAUACAGGUGAGAAGCCCUUCAAAUGCAAGUGGGAGGGCUGUGAGAGUCGAUUCACUCGCUCCGAUGAGCUGUCGCGCCACCGGCGUACCCACACGGGGGAGAAAAAGUUUGCCUGUCCCAUGUGCCUCAGUCGCUUCAUGCGCAGCGACCACCUGGCCAAGCACGCCCGGCGACACCUAGCAGCGAGGAAGAAGCCCUGCUGGACAUUAGCGGUCACCCAGUCGGCUGACCUCGCCACUUCCACGACACUCUUGAACAAACUCUCUGUGAGGCAUCCUGAUGAGCCACCAAAGUGAAAACUGUAAAAGUGUGAAAUUGAAUGUGAGGCUUUGUGUGGCUGAAACUAACAAUGCACAGAGGAGUGUGUGUCUGAUUUUUACAUGUCACCAGUUGGCUCAGAAAACUUGCACGACACCGGACUGAAAAUGAAGAAUGUGAGGACUUGGCAGUUUAGCUGCUCCUUAAUGAUUGUAAUUGAAUAGGAACAAGGUAAGGUAAUGCUUAUGUUGGACUUCAAACUACUGUAUCAGCUGAAACCGAAAGUAUGUGUAGAUACUAUUCUGUAAGCAGUUUUCACUUUUACAAAUGAAUACUAAAUGUAUGUUUACUUUCGGGAACAUUUGACCAAAGAAUGUUGAAUAAUGUUAUUUUGUGCCAUAUAAGAGUUGAUUUGUUACAAAAUAAUUUUGCAUAAUUCUGUUUUCUUGCAGGGAAAAUAGAAUAC